GUUGCGUGAGCCCAACAUGGCGGCACAGUGCUGAGGUAGCACAGCCCAACGAUUCCGACAGAGCGACGCUCGUCAUCGGCCCCGGUUUUGUUUGUAUAUUUGACACCGACAUAGGAGAGAGGCUCUACCGACAAUGACGGUGUGAAAGAGAGGCGAGCGCCCUGCCAGAGAUGCUACAGCAACAACGUCCAGAACCGCAACAACAGCAGACAGAAAGUACUAAAACCAAGAGCAUGUUUCUGUCCAGAGCGCUUGAGAAAAUCCUCUCGGAUAAGGAGGUGAAGCGGACCCAGCACAGCCAACUGCGUAAAGCCUGUCAGGUAGCACUGGAUGAAAUCAAAGCUGAACUGGAAAAACAAAAAGAUGGCACCGUGGUCGCCCCCAGGGCCAACUACAUUGAGGCAGAUAAAUAUGUGCUGCCCUUCGAGCUGGCGUGUCAGUCCAAGUCUCCACGCAUCGUCAGCACGUCAUUGGACUGCUUGCAGAAGCUGAUUGCCUAUGGCCACAUCACAGGCAACGCGCCGGACAGUAGUGCUCCGGGCAAACGGCUGAUAGACCGCCUGGUGGAGACCAUAUGUAACUGUUUCCAGGGCCCGCAGACAGAUGAGGGUGUGCAACUACAGAUCAUUAAGGCUCUCCUGACAGCGGUUACAUCACCCCACAUUGAGAUCCACGAGGGCACAGUGCUGCUGACAGUCCGCACCUGUUACAACAUCUACCUGGCGAGCCGCAACCUCAUCAACCAGACCACCGCCAAGGCCACUCUCACCCAGAUGCUCAACGUCAUAUUCACCCGCAUGGAAACGCAGGCAGCUCUGGAAGCUCGGGAGAAGGAGAGGCAGCGACUGCAGCAGCAGCCCUCCCCUGUCCCUGGCCGUGUGUCUGGAUCCCCCAGACCCAACUGCACCUUGGACCAAAAUGGGUCCGUGUCACCCGCCCCCAGCCUCCCUGAACCGAGCACCACGCCCACUGCACCAGGGGACACGCCCCCUGUCAAUGGGCAGUCAGAAGAAGGCAGUGCCGAGGAGGAUGGAAGUGCACAGGAACAGAGCCAAGACACCCUGGCCCUACCAGCCACAGAUCCAGUUGUUCCUGAAGUUCCAGAGGUCCGGGAGCCGGAUCCACCCGUGGCUCAGCCUGCAGAGGAGGACGCGGAGGCAGAGGGGAAGCAGGCGGAUCCUGAGAGAGCUCCAGCAGCUGAGGGCCAUCCAGAACCAGAGCCAGAGACUGGACAAGUGCCAGAGUCAGAGCCAUGCCCCCAGACUGAGUGUGAGCACCCAGAGGUCACGCCCCUACCUGGCAGAGCAGCCAGUCAGCAGGUCAAUGGCAUCGUGGACGACCGCACUUCUGAGUCCUCCGCAGAUAUUCUGGAUGCGGAGGCCAUGCAGGGUGGCCACACCACUGCCCGCUUCUCCCACGUUCUGCAGAAAGACGCCUUCCUGGUCUUCCGCUCACUCUGCAAGCUCUCCAUGAAGCCCCUCGCAGACGGACCCCCAGACCCCAAGUCACACGAGCUGCGCUCCAAGGUGGUGUCCCUGCAGUUGCUGCUGUCAGUGCUCCAGAAUGCUGGGCCUGUUUUCCGCACUCACGAGAUGUUCGUCAACGCAAUCAAGCAGUACCUGUGCGUGGCAUUGUCGAAGAAUGGUGUCUCCUCCGUUCCCGAUGUCUUCGAGCUCUCCCUCGCCAUCUUCCUCACCCUGCUGUCGCACUUUAAGGUCCACCUCAAGAUGCAGAUUGAGGUGUUCUUCAGGGAGAUCUUCCUGACCAUCCUGGAAACGUCGUCCAGCUCGUUUGAACACAAGUGGAUGGUUAUUCAGACCCUCACCAGGAUUUGUGCAGAUGCUCAGUGUGUUGUGGAUAUCUAUGUCAACUAUGACUGUGACCUUAAUGCGGCAAACAUCUUUGAGCGGCUGGUGAACGACUUGUCCAAGAUCGCACAGGGCAGGAGCGGUCAGGAGCUGGGCAUGACACCUCUUCAGGAGUUGAGUUUGAGGAAGAAGGGUCUGGAGUGCCUGGUGUCUAUCCUGAAAUGCAUGGUGGAGUGGAGCAAAGACUUGUAUGUCAACCCCAACCUGCAGACCAACCUCGGUCAGGAGCGGCCGGCUGAGGCUGAGGGCGUGGAGGGGAAGCUGCCGGAGCACCUGGCCUCCCGCAGGGGCAGCGCCAGCUCCCUGGACUCCACCGUGUCCUCAGGGGUCCAGCCCUCACAGCCCGACCACCCGGAGCAGUACGAGGUCAUCAAACAGCAGAAGGAGAUCAUCGAGCAUGGCAUCGAGCUAUUUAACAAGAAGCCAAAGCGGGGCGUUCAGUACCUGCAGGAGCAGGGAAUGCUGGGAGUGACGGCAGAGGACAUCGCCCAGUUCCUGCACCAAGAGGAGCGGCUCGACACGACGCAGGUUGGUGAGUUUCUGGGUGAGAACGUCCGCUUCAACAAGGAGGUGAUGUACUGUUACGUGGACCAGCUGGACUUCUGCGAGCGGGACUUUGUGUCCGCCCUGCGGAUGUUCCUGGAGGGCUUCCGGCUGCCGGGAGAGGCACAGAAGAUUGACAGACUAAUGGAGAAAUUUGCUGCCAGAUACCUGGAGUGUAACCAGGGACAGACGCUCUUUGCCAGCGCGGACACGGCCUACGUGCUGGCAUAUUCCAUCAUCAUGCUGACCACAGAUCUGCACAGCCCUCAGGUAAAAAACAAGAUGACAAAGGAGCAGUACAUCAAAAUGAACCACGGGAUCAACGACAGCAAGGACCUGCCAGAGGAGUACCUGUCCUCCAUCUAUGAUGAGAUCGCGGGCAAGAAGAUUGCCAUGAAGGAGAGCAAGGAGUACUCCAUCACACCCAAGUCCAGCAAGCAGAGCGUGGCCAGCGAGAAGCAGCGGCGUCUGCUGUACAACAUGGAGAUGGAGCAGAUGGCCAAAACGGCAAAGGCCCUGAUGGAAGCAGUCAGCCACGCCCAGGCUCCCUUCUUCAGCGCCACCCACCUGGAGCACGUGAGGCCCAUGUUUAAGCUUGCCUGGACGCCUCUGCUGGCAGCCUUCAGUGUGGGACUGCAGGACUGCGAUGACCAGGAGGUGGCGUCUCUCUGCCUGGAGGGCAUUCGCUGUGCCAUCCGGAUCGCCUGCAUCUUCAACUUGCAGCUGGAGAGGGAUGCCUACAUCCAGGCCCUGGCACGCUUCACCCUCCUGACUGCCAGCUCAAGCAUUACGGAGAUGAAGCAGAAGAACAUUGACACCAUUAAGACCCUAAUCACCGUGGCCCACACCGAUGGAAACUACCUGGGCAACUCCUGGCACGAGAUCCUCCGGUGUAUCAGCCAGCUGGAGCUAGCACAGCUGAUAGGCACAGGAGUGAAGACGCGCUACAUAUCAGGGGUGGUGCGGGACAGGGAGGCUGGGAUCAAGGGCUUCCCUGCGGGGGGGGAGGAGUUUAUGCCCCUGGGCCUAGGUACUUUGGUAGGGGGUCAAGACAGGAAGCAGAUGGCCCACAUCCAGGAGUCUGUGGGGGAGACGAGCUCUCAGAGCGUGGUGGUGGCAGUUGACAGAAUCUUCACAGGCUCCACCAGGCUGGAUGGGAAUGCGAUAGUGGACUUUGUGCGAUGGCUGUGUGCGGUGUCGAUGGACGAGCUGGCCUCGCCACACCACCCCCGCAUGUUCAGCCUGCAGAAGAUCGUGGAGAUCUCCUACUACAACAUGAACCGCAUCCGCCUGCAGUGGUCCCGCAUCUGGCAGGUCAUCGGGGACCACUUCAACAAGGUGGGCUGUAACCCCAACAAGGACGUGGCCAUCUUUGCGGUGGACUCCCUGCGGCAGCUAUCAAUGAAGUUUCUGGAAAAAGGAGAGCUGGCCAACUUCCGUUUCCAGAAGGACUUCUUGCGGCCCUUUGAACACAUCAUGAAGAAGAACAGGUCUCCCACCAUCAGGGACAUGGUGAUCCGCUGUGUGACCCAGAUGGUGAACUCCCAGGCGGCAAACAUCCGCUCCGGCUGGAAGAACAUUUUCUCCGUGUUCCACCAGGCUGCCUCCGACCACGAGGAGACCAUCGUGGAGCUCGCCUUCCAGACCACGGGACACAUCGUCAUGAACACCUUCCAGCAGCACUUUGCAGCUGCCAUUGACUCCUUCCAGGAUGCGGUGAAGUGCCUGUCAGAGUUUGUGUGCAACGCUGCGUUCCCAGACACCAGCAUGGAGGCCAUCAGGCUCAUACGCCACUGCGCCAAAUACGUGUCUGAACGACCGCAGGCCCUGAGGGAAUAUACCAGUGAUGACAUGAACGUGGCACCAGGGGAUCGGGUGUGGGUUCGAGGCUGGUUCCCCAUCCUCUUUGAACUGUCCUGCAUCAUCAACCGCUGCAAACUGGAUGUGCGAACCAGGGGUCUUACAGUGAUGUUUGAGAUCAUGAAGAGCUACGGACACACUUUCGAGAAGCACUGGUGGCACGACCUGUUCCGCAUCAUCUUCCGCAUCUUCGACAACAUGAAGCUUCCCGAGCAGCAGACCGAAAAAACGGAGUGGAUGACGACGACCUGCAACCACGCGCUGUACGCGAUCUGUGAUGUCUUCACUCACUUCUACGAGCCCCUCAGUGAGGUCCUGCUGGCCGACCUCUUCACCCAGCUGCAGUGGUGUGUCCGACAAGAUAACGAGCAGCUGGCUCGGUCCGGAACAAACUGCCUGGAGAACUUGGUGAUCCUGAACGGGGAGAAGUUCAGUCCGGAGGUUUGGGACGUCACCUGCGCCUGCAUGCUGGAGAUAUUCCAGAGCACCAGCCCGCAUGCCUUGUUGACGUGGCGACCGGCCAGCCAGGAGGAGGAGGCUGGUGACGGUAAACACAUGGAUGUAGAGGUGGACUCCCAGUCCCAGAGCAGCUUCGAGAGAACCUUGUCAGAACGAGGGCAGAGCCAGAUGUCCACCGCCAGCGAUGACACCUGGAGAGGAAAGUCCCAUGCCAAAAUUUCAGACCAGAAGCUGUUUGCCUGCCUGCUAAUAAAGUGCGUGGUGCAGCUGGAGCUGAUCCAGACCAUCGACAACAUUGUGUUCUACCCCUCCACCAGCAAGAAGGAGGAUGCAGACAACAUGGCCGCUGCACAGAGGGACACGCUGGAGGAGGGAGAGGGAGAGGCAGACUCUGGCCCGGGUGGCGCAGGGGAUCAGGGCAUGUACAAGCACCUCUCCUCCACCCACCUCUUCAAGAUGCUGGACUGCCUGCUGGAGUCGCACACCUUCGCCCGUGACUUCAACUCCAACAACGAGCAGAGAACAGCACUCUGGAGGGCAGGGUUCAAGGGGAAGUCGAAGCCCAACCUGCUGAAGCAGGAGACCAGCAGCCUGGCUUGCAGCUUGCGCAUCCUCUUCCGCAUGUACUCAGACCAGAAGCUGCAGGACUCCUGGCCGGACAUCCAGACACGACUGCUGCUAGUGUGCAGCGAGGCUCUGGCCUACUUUAUCACCCUGACGUCAGAGAGCCACCGUGAGGCCUGGACCAGCUUGCUGCUUCUUCUGCUCACCAAAACCCUCAGACUCCCGGACGACAAGUUCAAGCCCCAUGCCUCCUGCUACUACCCUCACCUGUGCGAGAUGAUGCAGUUCGACCUCAUCCCAGAGCUCCGCGCCGUCCUGCGCCGGUUCUUCCUGCGCAUCGGCUCCGUCUUCCACAUCGCCGCCUCCGAGGGGACGCAGCUGCGGCCAGGGGGGCCCUGA